AUGUUGAGUUCCCAACGCUUAAAAUCCUUUCUCUUUCUGAAGGAACUCACAAGAGCACAUUUUCCAAUCCCAAAAGCGAUUCCGUUUGCAUCAACACUCUCUUUGAAAUACAGCUCCAUCACUUCAGAGCAACACUCGUUCACCGUUUCAUACCUCAUUAACAAUUGUGCCUUCUCACCAGAAACUGCUCUCAAGGCUUCCAAGCUUGUUCGAUUCGAGAACGCUGAAAAGCCCGAUUCAGUAAUCGCCUUCUUCAGAAACAACGGAUUCACUAACGCUCAGAUAAAUAGCAUCAUAAGAAACGGACCAAACGUGCUAACAUGCAACCUCCACAAAAGGGUUUUGCCAAAGUUUGAAUUUUUACGCUCCAAAAGUGCUUCCAACUCUGACAUCGUUGAUCUUGUGAAUAGCAACCCCAGAAUCCUAUACGCAAGCCUCGAGAACAGCAUAAUCCCUGCCUUUGAAUCGGUGAGAAGGUUCCUUCCAUCUGAUAAGAAAACUAUUGAUUGUAUAAUCGCUUGUCGACAUUUCUUUGGUCAUGAUCUUGUUGUAAAAAAUGUGAGAUUGUUACUUGAUGAUGGAAUCAAGGACUCCAACAUCACCUAUGUGUUAUGCAGAAGACCUUCUAUUAUAUUGUCUCGUUAUAUGAGGAAGGACGUGGAUGAAGUUAAAGAAAUGGGAUUUGAUCCUUCCGAGUUAAAUUUUGCAAUAGCAUUGCAGGUCAAAAGGGGUGUUUCAAAAUCCCGGUGGGAUGCAAAAGUUGAGGCCUUUAAGGGAUGGGGAUGGACUGAAGAAAUGGUUCUUAAUGCGUUUAGGAAGCGGCCCCUUUGUAUGUUAGCAUCCAAAGAUAAGAUCAAUGAGGUGAUGAAAUUUUGGGUCAAUGAGUUAGGUUGGAACCCUUUGGUCCUUGUUGAAAGAUCAGAGAUUUUUGGAUAUAGUUUGGAGAAAAGGAUCAUUCCCAGGGGUUUAGUUUUUCAGUAUUUGCUUGCGAAUGGUUUGAUAAAAAGGAAUGCCAGCUUGUCUACUCUAUUUGCUAUGUCUGAAAAGAUGUUUCUUGAGAAGUAUGUGAAAUGUUUUAGGGAGGAAAAGUGUCAACUUUUAAAGUUGUACCAGGAAAAAAGAAUGGUUACAGUGUUUGAGAGAAAGGAGGAUGGCGCAGCAUCUGGCAGUUAUGAAGGGGUUAACUUAUGAGUACAAAUUUCUCUAAUUCAUGCUUGCUAUGUUCCAUUAACCCUGUCUGAACUCAACUGAUUUAACUGAAUUGUUUCAUUUUGAUCUGUUGGAACCCUUAUUGGUUAUUGCAUUCUUUAAUUCCCAAUGGUAUUGUGAUGUAUGUCAAGUCAACUAUUCGAUGGUUUAUAUUCAAAUGAAUGAAGCAUGAGAACAAAU